GCUCGGUGUUAUGCAUGUCAGUCGUCCAUGGCACGCCACACGGCACACGCAGCAACAAAUGCACCACCCGUUCGUUCUCAUGCACUCAGUAGCCAUGCCAUCAGGCAGGCAGUGGUGUCCUGCCAUGUGUGGGGCACACACACGCGCACACAAACAGAGAGAGAGAGAGAGAGGCACGGCACGCACUACACACAGGUCGUCCACCCUCUCUGUCUCUCUGACGAGAAGGCCAUCACACAUACAAGUACACUCGUCCACUCACUGCACACGGUCGAUCGGUCAGCUCGUGAGCCACCUGGGUCUCUGCUCACUCGCACCCAGCCAGCCAUCGACGCUCACACACACAGACACACACAGAGAGGAAGACAAGACAAGACAGACAUCCGCACUCACACGCACACCAGGCUAACCACAAAUCCACACACAAACACACACACACUCAGACACGUUUGAACGUGCAGCAUACUCUCUCUCUCUCUCUCUGUUGCGUCCUCUGCGUCCUUUCUGUCCGCCCACCAUCCACCCUACACAUGCCAUCCAUCAGCCAUUCGACGACGCCACACAGACAGACACAAACACAGCCAUGGGUGGAGGGUGGAGGAAGGGAUGCCAAAACGGUACGGACAUCACACACAAUGACAAACGUACGCAACAACAAAACGGGAGAGAGGGAGAGAGGGACACGGAGGGAGGCAAGGCAUAGCUAGCACGGCACGGCACGGCACGGCAGCCAACCGAUAAACUAUGUGCCAGCCUGGGCAAGGAGCAUUCGUUACACAAGACUGACAGACAGACAGAGAGGUCAUGACCACCCCACCUGGCAAACAAAAAACACCACUCACGAUCGAAGACCGCCUCUUCUUCAGCCAUGCGACUAACCACUCCCCCUCUCGUCUCGUCCCCUCUGCCCCUCCCUCUCCCGGCUCCCCACCCACCCACCCACCCACCCAUCCGAGUGGGUCGCCUCGCCCAGCGUAUGAAUGCUCGCACGUAGUGAGUGGUACAUACAAUACAGACAGACAGGGCACUAAUACACACUCACACUUAAAUUAAGCCUCCCUCCCUCGCUCCAUUCAUCGCUCUCCCUUGAUUGAUGCACAAACAAACAUACACACAUACAAACCAGCAACCCUCCACCUCUUCCCGCCUCGAGGCCCACGAUGAAUGGGGUCGUCAUGUCUUCUCACCCGCGGCGUCUCUCCCUCUCCCUCUCCGUGCGAAUCUUGUCCCGCACGACAUUGGCCAAAUCGCUAAUCGACGAACUCCUUAACGCCAAGUCGCUAAGCGCCGCACCCCGGCUGCCGUCGCCCCACAGCUCCAUCAGACGCUUAUAAUCCUCCUCGCUGAGAUGCGACUCCAGGCGCUUCAGCUUGUCAAACACGGACGAGGACAUCAUGGCCAUCGGGAGCACCGCCAGCUCAUCUGCAGCGAUGGUCGCGGCGGCAUCCUUGGCUCGCUGUGGCGAUGCUGACAGGGGUGGUGGUGGUGUGGACCGAUUGGACGCGGCGUCGGCUGAUGAUGUGUUCAGAGGGGUGCUCGUGGUGGGAUGGACCACGCCAGUGACGCAUGGCGAUCGCUUCUCCUCAGGGAUGGUCGGGAGGCCCUUGCUGCCGCCCUGCUGAUGACCUUCCCCCCUCCCUUUGUCAGCGCUGUCCCCACUGCCGCCGUCAUUAGCCGACUGCGGCGAGAAGGGCACAGAUGGCUUCGGCGAGGGUUGCUUGGGGCGACUCGCUGGAGGGUCGCGUGCUGGCAGCUGACGGAGGGCCUUCUGCAGCUGGAGCACGAAGUCCUCCUUGGCUGGCUUCACAGGGAGGUGCUGCGAGGCGACGGCAGCACGGUCGCGCCAGACGUGGAUGUACCCAGGCUCUGUGACACACACACACACACACACACAAACCAAAGUGCAAUAAAGGUGUUGUCUUCUGCGUGCGGUGUGCGGUUCGGUGCGUGGUACCUCCAGGUUUGGGCGUGUUGGUCUCCUGCUGCUGCUUGAGAGCCUGAAGCGCCUGCUGAUAGCCUGACACACACACAUGACACACCCGACAGUUCUAUCGAACGGUGAGGCACCUUUCCCAUGUGUGUGGCUUGGUCGCUUACGGCUGCAGAGGUACUGCCUGCCCUUCUUGACGCUAAAGGACCCCUCCCUCUCCCUCCGGCCCCUCCCAUGCUGCUGCACGCCACCCUCGCCACCGCCACCCACACCCACACCCUCACUCGUCGUCGCAGCAGCAGCUGCACCGGCACCAACACCCGCAGUCGCGUUAUACGUCGUCACACCGCCACUCGAUGCCGACUGCCCCCCGCCGCCUCCCUCUCUCCCCUCUCUUCUCGGCGGGCCGGAGUUGGGCGUCUUGAAGUACUGAAUGGGCGCGAAGUCGCCUCGCUGCUGCGGCAACCCGUUGUGCAUCAUCCCGUAGGCCCUGAGGCUGAGGCUUCGGGUGAGGGCCACGUCAGACCCGCCCAUCCGCCGUGGGCUCUCGCUGAGCAGCAUGUUGACGUCAAAGGGGGUUGAGGCCGCCUGGACGAAGGGAGGUGUUGUCUGCCGGUUGGCCGCGAGCAUCGGGCUGUGGCUGUGGCUGUGGCUAUGGGUGUAGGUGUGUGUAGCGUGUGAGGGUGAGCCUGAGGCAGCAGUGUGGUCCCGGCGGGAGGAGUGGGUGUAGCUGGUGGCCGGGUGCGCUGGCAGGUAGGUCGCCAUCAACCACUGGCAGUCACUCAAUCAGUGUGAGUCAACGGAACCAGAGAGAGAUGAGAGAGCCGUCGCUCACUCAGUCACUCACUGGGCCACGCCGCGACCAGCAGACGCGCGAAUGCGCUCCUCAUAUG